AUGGACGGCCUCAACGCAUCGGAGCAGCGCGAGUUCGCCUCCCGCAUGGAGCGGAAGCAGCUGAAGGAGUUUAUGACUAUGUACUCCAAGAUGGUCCAGCGGUGCUUCGACGACUGCGUCAACGAUUUCACCACCAAGUCCCUGAUCAACCGUGAAGAACAGUGCAUCAUGCGCUGCGUCGACAAGCACCUCAAGAGCUCGGCCCGCCUGAACGAGCGUUUCCAGGAGCAGAACGCCGCCAUGAUGCAGAGUGGCCAGCUGCCCGGUAAAUAA